GAUGACAAUCGAGCAGCAGAAGAAUGGUGUGCCUACCCUUUAAUGCUGCAGUUUAAAUAAGAGAACUUGUAUUGUGUCAUUUCAGAUUGUAGGCUGAGAGUUGUAAAUAGUGAAAAUUUGAGUACUUUUUAUUAUUUGUUUUGGUUAGAAAGUGAAUUUAAAAAACAAACCAAACUCUAAACUUUCUCAGAUUAAAAGUCCUGAGACCUGAAGAUUGUAAUACUCAUGUCUGUGAAGCUUUUAAACAUUACACUUGAGAUCAGUCAUGACUUGAUAUUCAGGUAAACUUUCUUUUCCAAGAAGCUUUUGAAUAAGCAUAUUUCCUCCAAAGGUCUCUCUCUUUUUCUUUCUUUUUUUUCUCAAAGCGUAGAUUAUUUUAAAGCACUAAUUGCAUUACACUGGUAACUGCAAUAUAAAAUAGCCAUUAUUGUUUUGUGAAGCAUGAUUGAAAUUAGAUAGUGGUCCCUUUUAAAUUUCAUGAGCCUCUCAAAAAAAAAAUAAACUUAAAAAAAAAUAAAAAGCUGCUGAAUAUUUCAAAAGAUAUAUAUUUUACCUUAUUGUAGGUUUUGUAAAGUUAGUUUGUAAUAUUCAGGUGCACUUUUAAUGUUGAAUUUUGUGUUCAGAGUUCCAUUACACCAUGUAUUUCUUGGAGGUGGCUCAUCAGAUGGCUGGUUGUCAGUCUUGGUGCCGCAGUGAUUCCUUAAUAUUUGAUUUCUUUCUUGAUUUGCCACUAUUCUGUAUUGGCACUUUCAGUGUAGAUAUUCUAGUUUGGGGACGUCCUCAUAAAUGUGUAAUAGAGAUUGGUCUAUUAGCAUGCUUAAUUUCUGCUAAUCAGAGUUUUGCAUGGCCCAAAAAACGGUUGACCAUUUUUAUGGUGUGGGAAAGCGUAGUUCACAACUGUCUUUGUCACUAAAGCCUUUUUUUCUCACAUUUUUCAAUAGGUGGAUGAUGACAUUACUCCAACUAAUGAUAGUUGAGAGAUAAUGUAUUUAAAAAUCAAUUCUUGGCAUUUUUAUGAGAGAACAUUGAUAUUAUAGAAUAGAUAAGCUAUGGCACUAUGAAAUAAAAAAAACACUAAGUUCUAUGGAAGGCUGUCUUGUUGGUGUUUUUAUCAUUAGCUUUCUCAUUUCUGAGACAGUAUAGUCAUCAAACUUGACAGUAAUGUAGUAUAUUGCUUUGUUCAGUAGGCUUAGAAGUGACUCUGAACUUUGUGAUGAGCUAUACACAUUUUUCUGUUUCAAAAAUACUAUGAAGGACAAGGUCUCUCUUUCAGGAAAAAUAAUUUAUAUUUGUGUGUAUAAUACUUUUUGAUAUUAAGUUUGUUGUUCUAAAGUUGAGAUGUUGCUUGAUAAACUUGCUGCAGCAGAUCAUGAAUAUGAGUAAGGCUUUGUGUGAUAAUAGGGGUCCUUAUGUGAAGUUAAUUACCGUUCAGUUCUGGUGAGCAAGCUCAACAAGUGUGAAGUGUGUAUUAGCUUUAUUUGGUACACUUUUACUUUACAAUAUUGAAGUGCUUUUAGAACUCUGGUUAUCUUAUAUAAACCAUUACCUCAACCAAUUGGCAUUUCCAUUCCCCAACAUUGUACCUGAGCUGUAACAUGAGCUGUAUGGGAUCAGAUGGUAAAAUAAUAAGGCACAAUGAGAAGUUUAGUUCCUAAUUUUCUGGAGAGAACUCUAAAUUAGAUGAACAAUGACUACCUGUAAAGGCCCAUAUCAUAACUACCUUUUGUCAUUAGGCAGUACAUAGCAACCUUUGGGCUGCUUGUGAGCUGUAUGUUCUUCCUCUACCCCAAGUAAGCACAUGGUGCCAGGCCUGGUUCUAAGCCUUUGUGAGUCUCUUACAUUUUAUUGCUCCAUAAUAUAGUGAAGCUUAGAUUCAGUUAGUUAUUUUUAUAAAACAAAUUAAUGAAUCUUAGCUCAACAUCAGAACGUGAAAAAUAGUUAACAGGAUAUGUGACUGUUUGGUGUCAUUUUAUUUAAUAGAUACUGUCCCUGUAGAUUUAAUUUGGAAACUGCUUACUUUUGCUUUUAUAAUUCUUCUUUCUCUAACUAAAUGCCAGAGGUCGUUUUCACGUGAAUAACUUUUCUAUAUAUUCAGGUUGCUGUCAUUGGUGAUAGAAUGUGGCAACAGACCGAAUUGCUCCAUUUAAUGUUUUAUAGGAGACAUUUAAAAUUAAUAUGUUAAGUUUUGGCCUUCAUGAAGAUAUCAAAGAUUUUCCUUAUUACUUUUCCGUUAGAAUUAGGUCUUCAUUGAUACUAUGGUCAGGCCAGUGUUAUUAAAAGCUUGUUGGCUUUAGCCAAACAGCCCCAUUAGGAGUCUAUUAAGCUAUACAGGGUUUUUUUUAAAAACUAAUUGCUUUCAAAAUCUACUGAAAAGGAAAAAGUAUAAUUGUGGUAAAAGGAAUGCAGACCUCCAAACUCCUUCUUCUUAGUUUAUUUUGGAUUCAUUUUGUCCUUGAUACUUGAGUAGGAUUUGUGAACAUGGUGACUGAAGGGAAAAGGGAGGAAAUUCUUUAUGUAUCUUUCUUUUGUCUCUUAUUCCCAAAUAAUCUUGCAGUAAGUAGCCUUUUAAAGAAGCAGACAUUAGCCCUGUAGCAUAACACUGUAGCUGUGUGCCCUAAGGUGUUAUAAAAGAGCUUGGGGGAUGGGAAUGGAAAGAAAGGUGGGAAAGUAUGUAGGCUUUUGAGAAGAGGCUAAAGGUUCUGGCCUAAAAUACUAAACAGUAGUCACAGGAUAGAUAAUGUGGUAAAGUUGGGCCAUCUUCAUUUGAUUGUCAGAAAGUUUUUCAGAUUAUUUGAAAAUGAGAAUCAAGGCUAGUUGAUGUUGAUUUGACAAACAAUAAAUCAUGAAUUAAUCUUGUAACUAUUUUGGGGGUAAAUUUAAGGUUUCCAGUUCUUUUAGAGCUGUAUUAAUAAAAGCUGAAAAACAAGCACUUUUAGUUAAUCAUAGAUUUAUUGGAUGUAGCAAACAUUUUAAUCAUAAUAUUUAAUCUUUAUUGUUUGAAUGUGGAAAUGAACUUUUUACCCUGUCUUGAGCUGUCAUUGAACAGGCUCAAGAUCUUUUCAACACUGGAAAUGACCCUACACACAUACCAAAAAAAUCUAAAGCAGUAAGACAUAUUUGAAGAUCCAUACCUCUUAGACUUUUUAGAUUUGUCUUGGGAAAGAAUUUAUGAACCCAUAACCAGUAUUAGUGCAGUCUUGGGUUCCUUGUUCUGCAUAAUUGCACCCUUUCUCAGGUAUGUCCUGAAAACAUAAAUUUUAAAAUAAUCUCUUUAGAGAUUAGAUUCUCAGUGGAUAGUGUGUAAGGGGACUGGGGGUGGGAGAGUAGGGUAGUUGGACACAGGACAUUGACACAGUAGAGCAGGGAUUUUUAACCGUCAAUAGCCAAAUAGAAUUUCAAUCUAGAAUAUAUUUGCCCCCUCCAAAUGAGUGAAACAACUCCUGUUUAAGUUUGGUAAAUAUGCAGUGCUGCACUCAUAAAAGUCAUUUCUUUCAUGCAGUUGACUUUUUUUUCUUGCUUGGUGGAAGGGUAUACAGUAAACUUUACUGUCACUAGGAAAGCACUUGUCUGAAACUUUUGAAGUACUAGAAAAGGGAUAAUUCAGCACUUUUUCUGUUACAACACUAAAGUCUUAAUUUAUCUUCAGAGUCUUAGGUACUGUAAGUUUUAGGAUGAUUAUUUAAAAAUAUAAAACAUACUACAUACGUAAUAUAGGGUCAGAUCACAUUUAUAUAAGUAAUUCUUAUUUAAAAAAAAAAAAAAAGACAACAUUUUGUACCUUUUAAGCAAUUCCAAGUGAUUGCCUCGUUAUCCCCAUUUCAUUAAGCCAUUUCAGGCUUAAGAAUUGAAAUUUCAGAGGAGGUGAGGGGAAAAGUCCCCAAAAUGAAAAAUUAUGUCAGACCAUGUUAGAAAAAUAAACCACUAGGAAAAAUGGGUAGGGAUUCUCUCCCUUUAAGUCUUCAGGGAAUGAGCAGUAUUUAGAAUCUUUGGCUGAAAUUCAAGCCUUUUUACUGUGUAAAUUUUUAAUAUUAAUUCACUGACAUGCUUUUUACAUCAAAGGACUGAAAAUGGAUCUUAAUGUUUUUAAGUUGUAGAAGGGUAUAUUUCUAAAAUGAGGGGGGAUAAUUAACCUAGGUAGUAUACCAGCAUUAGUAAGUUUAAGAAAUUUUAGUAUGUAAUAGCAAAGUGUUUGAUUAAAAGUCUAAUCCUAUAUUGCUAGUCAAAAAUUAGUUACAUUCUGAUCUAGGAAAGAUAUAGUCAUUGGAUAUUGGUAUGCUGUGCUGUCAGAAAACCAGAUUAAGAAAUCUUUAUCUGACUCCCACAUGUUGCUUGUUCUGAUGGGAUGUGUACUUUACAGCAGCUUAUUGCUGCUUUGAAAAGAAAUGUAUAAAAUACACAUUUGGAGUGUUUGCAUAUAAUUCUUUAUAACCUCCACUUUAAAUUGUCAGACAUUGGUAUUUUAUCAGUCCACACUGUUAAAUAAAACUAAUGUUCUUAGGAAUCCAACUUGUACACACUGUUUAAAAACCCUCAGGGACAGUUUACACACUAUUCUCACUCAAUUCAGGUACUUUGAUGCUAUUCUUAAACCUAACAGUGACUUGUAUUUUUCUGUUUUGCUUUUAUUUCUACGUGCUGGUAGCACAUCCUUGAUGAAUGUCAACUUAAAAACUCAGUUCAGGUAUCCAGGUAUAACUCAGCCAAACAGAUUUUAAAGCUGCAUAUAACUCUCCAGCACACGGUGCCUCACACUCUUAUAGUGGCAUUCUAUAUAUUCAGUUAUUACUACUGAGCAGAUAAUAUGGGGGUUCCUGUUAACGGUAUAUUUAAAAAAAACAAAAUGUGCAAAAAUGUAUAGCCAGCACACCACACACACACGCACGCACGCACACACGCGCACACACACACGGUUGAAUGAUAUAUUUUCAAAUGCCACUAAUAGCCAGCACAAUUAACAUUCCUUGCUGCUUCUGUAAACUAUAACAGAUGCAGUUCCUCCUUGAUGUGGCUCUUGCUUCUUCACCAUAGCUACUACUAAAUUCAAGCACUGGUCCUUGGGUGUCUGACCUCUACAUUCUAGUUUAUGCAAUGUCUUUAGAGAAUUCUGUGCACUGGCCACUGUGAUGGAACCAUUGGGCCAGGAGUGCUUUGAGUUUAUUAGUAGUGAUUCUGCCAAAGUUGGUGUUGUAACAUGAGUAUGUAAAAUGUCAAAAAUUGGCAGAGGUCUAUGUCUGCUUCUCAGCAGAUGAUUUUUCGGUAUAAUUGGUAGCCUUGAAGUCCUCACUGACAUGUUCUUCUGAUGUGAAGUUCUAAUUCCAGUGUUUUAGUCCUUUGCAUCUUUAAUGUUAAGACUUACCUACAAGAGGUCUUUAUUCUUAAAAACUCCUUUUUUCCUUAGUACUAUCUGUGCUUAACAAAGUAGAUUAUUCCUCUGCUUUAAUAUUUGAUAUCUUACAUUUAAAGAAAUUCUCUCCAUAUAUAAAGCGCAUAGCCUUUGAAGAUACAGAAAAUGGCAUUUUCCAGAUUUCUAAAAGUUCAAGUAUCAUGCAACAAACCAGGAACCCCCUUUACUCUUAUGGACCUCAUUUCAAUAUACUGUUUACAGUUUGACAGAAUUGUAUAAUUUAAUAUUUCUCUUGUACUGUAGUUUAUAUUUAUUUACAGAUUUUUUUGUACUGUGUGAUUUGAACUUUUUGUUCCUUGCUAUGAUCAAUGUUUAUGUAGUAGAGCACUUAUGAUCACAAAUUAAGUUUUUUUGUUUGAUUGCACUACAUUAAAUUUUUUAAUGCAGUUCUGAUUUUUGACUGGACUAAAAUAAGCUGUGUCUUAAUGUAUGUGAUGAGUACUUAAAACUUUAAUCCAUGUGGUCCCCUUUUUUUUGCAUUGUAUGUCAGAAGCGCUAGUUCUUUCGUGCAUGUGUAAGAUUUAAUGGUUCCAUUGUAUUAUUUGACCAGGACAUUUUGGAGAAACAUUCCCAGCUGUAAUGUUGUGUAUGGUAGUUCUCACUGGAUGCUAGACUUUUCAAAACCACUAUUCUUCUAAUAAAUUUUGUUGUGAAAAAACUUUUAAAAGCUUGGUUUCUACUUAAGAUUUUAAUGGUUUAAAAAACUGACAAAAGGAGUAAGAGAAAUGUAAGUCACGUGAUAACCAAAGUUGGUAAUUUUUUAUGAUAAAUUCUUCCCAGAUGAAAUCAUUUCGAUGACUAGAAGUUGCUACUACAAAAUUGUGCAGCAGUCUUCCGGUGCAGCACUACCUUAUAACUCAGUACAGUCAUGUGCUACAUAACAUCCGUUUGGGCAACAUCCGCAUAUAUGUGGUCACAUAAGGUUUUUUUUUUUAUUAUUAAGGGAAACAGCUUUCCUUUUGUUAAUUAUUUCUUCCUAAUGGUUUUAAAGGCCCCAGACCCUCAGAGUGAAAGAUCACUGGGGGCUCCAGGGUGCAUCCCAAUCUGUCAAAGCGCCGCCGCCUCCGCGUACUUCUCUUCCUUCCCCUCCUCCUUGGCUUCAUUCACCGGCCCAGCAGCGGUUGCAGGCUCCUGGCUCUGGGCAGCAGAGGUGGCUGCACCAACAGGGCCACCGCGCUAGCUGCGCUCCCAGCACCCAGAUUCCCUGUACCCGCGGCCACCUUCCGUGCGUCCCCCACCCUGCGCCAGGUGCGCGCAAAGUCCCGAUCUGAUUGCCAGUACAGCUGUUGCCCGACCUGCGGCCGCACAUGCGAUGAAGUCUGGUACUACCUUGAAUGUUAAAGCAGAAAGGGUCCUCAGGGUCAUCUAAUAUAAUCGUUUUCAUUAAAAAUCAACUUUUUAAGAAUACAGAUGCCUGUACUUCGCUAGAUUGCUGAAUCAGUUUCUGGGAGUGAGGCUCAGACAUGUUACGUAUUUUCAAAAAGUUCCACGGGGAGAAGGUAAUGAACCCACUAAUUAAGCACUAUUGGUCUCAUUUCUCUCAUUUUUCAGGUGACAAACAUAGAACUUGGGGAGCUUAAGGGACUUGUCCCUCCUCACACACAGAGGUGCCCUUGGUACUCAUGAUUCCAAACCAUUAUAAUUGUCACUUUGGCGUGCUUGACUCUAUCUAGAAUUAGAAUGAGAUUUUUUAUCAUUUGCUGUCGAGUCAACUGAUUCAUGGUGACCCCAUGUGUGUCAGAGUAGAACUGUGCUCCAUAUAGUUUUCAAUGGCUGAUUUUUCAGAAGUGGAUCAUUGGGACUCUUUUAAGGCACCUUAGGGUGAACUUGAACAUCCAACCUUACAGUUAGCAGCUGAGCACAUUAAACAUUUGUACUACCCAGGGACUCCUUUAGAUUCAGUUUUUACUAAAUAACUAAAUGUCAACUAUUAAUUCAGUUUGACUCUUGAGUAAACUUAUACUGGUUUUUAGGAAGAGGAUGUUAAAAUAAGUCUUGGGUCAUCAUUAUCUGUAUUUAUUGAGCAUUUAUUAUGUCUACCGUAAGUUCUGUUACAUUUGGUACAAAAUGACAGUCGGACAAGUUUCUGGCUUCCUUGAAUUUAUAAUCUGGUUAGUUAUAUAAGACAUAUACACACACGAGUUAUAGAACUACAUACUACUACUUUAAGUCUAUAUUAUGAAAUUACCAGUAAAGAAAUUAGAUGCCAAGCUUGCAAAACUACAGUGUUAAAUAGAAAUCAGUGUUUCUUCUCCUCAUCCCCUUUUAAAGAAGAGUCAUGAGGAAAUGAUCAUGAUGCAUUUUCUCUCACUUGGGGAAUGAGCAUGUCUGUGUUGUGCAUAAGCAGUAUUAUUUUCUAGUUCAUCAUUGCCCCUGUCAUUUAAAUUAGAAAUUAAAGAGCAGUUUCCCCCCAAAGAGCAACAUAGAUUUUAUUCCCACUUGGGGGGAGAAAAAAAGCAAAUACAAAAACAAAAAUUGAAAUAGGCCAGUGCUUAUCGUGAACUCACAUGUAAUCCUGACCUUUUAAAAUGUCAGCUAUGUCUUUAACAUCCAGAUCUCUCUUCAAUCUGGUUACGAUUUCAAUAAUUGGAUAAGGCUAAUGAUACUCUCUUUCAUUUCAGACCAGCCUGGGGAAGAGAUUUGUCCUCUUUGUCUGAAAUUAUUUUUUUCCUGUAAUCUAUUUCAAAGUGUUUUCUAAGCAUUCUUAAUUACAAUAUUCAUUAGAUUAAUAAUUUAGGUUUGUGUUCUCACCAAAUCAGUAUUUAGUUAUAUCGCUUAUGGAUAUUCCUUCCCUCACUUCCAGGAACUGUUAUCAUUUUUUGAAUUUAUGCCAUCCUGUCCAAAAUCUCAUGUCUUCCACAGCCUCUGAACCCCUAAUCCUUUUUUUAAAUUUUUUUAAAAUUUUAGUUAACACCAAAUAUGGUAUGUUUGGUCUGGCAUAGUCUUACUUGGGAUGAUAGAAAUAAAAAUCAAUUUAAAAAGUAAACUUUAGAAGUAAAUAAUGUGGUAAAAGUGCUUGUUUUAUAAGGCCAUUACCUGCCCUAGAGAAGGGGUGAAGGUAUUGAUUGGACUAUUGUGCUCAGUGAUGUAACCCCUUGCUUGCUCUGAUUUCUUGCUCACCAAAUAAAGUACUAAUUAUACUUUUACUUUCUAAAAAAAAAAAAAACCUUUCAGAAGUAAAUAGUGUGGUAAAAGUGGUUGUUUUGUGAGGCCAUUACCUUCCUAGAGAGGGGGUGGAGGUAUUGGACUGUUGUGCUUAGUGAUGUAACUAACCCCUUGCUCUGACUUCUUGCUCACCAAGUAAUUUACUGAUUAUAUUUUUACUUUCUGUGUGCAUUUGCCUAUAGAAUGAGUUUGUGUUAAAGAAUGAACAUGAUAAUCUCCUUGAUAAUAUAUUCCAUAUUGUAAUUUAAUAAAUUUGACAAUCUGGUUAAAGUGAAGAAAAAUAAGAGAUACGCUGAAUACAACAUGCAAGCCUUAAACUGUAUUUUAGGAGACUUACUCUGAAUAACAGCCUCUUAUCAGGGAUAUUAAGCCCUGUAGUACAGAAAAGCUAGCAAACUGUAGCUUCAUGCCCAGUAAGCUCCCUGUGAAACACCUCCCUUUUCCCCCAACUUAGAUUAUUAAUUCAUAAUUUUAUAAACUUUUAUUUUGCCUUGCCUUAGUGAACUUGGUUAAGAACACAGUAAACUUUGAAAGCUACUACAAAGAGAUUUCAUGCCUUUUGUUUUUAUCAGUAGUUUUUAACUAUUUUUCUACUCUAACACACUUGAACAAGAUGUCACGCUGCCAUCAGCAGCAGUGGAUCACUGAGGCAGGAUUCUCACAGGAUGAAGAGGUACAUACUGGAUUACACACACACGCGCAUGCACACACACCCCACUCCCCAUGAUUCUAAUCUCUGGGGAGGGAUAAUUCUCCUCAACCCCAGUUUUGAGAAUUGCUUUCUUAGAUGAUUCAGAGUUCAACUACCUGGAAAUAAGGUAUUAAACUGCCAGAUUUUUUUUUAGGUCACUUUCCAGUCUGUGAUUUAAUUAACUUUAUUUCUCAUUUUUCUGUCUCAUCUGUCUCACCUAUGCUUUUACCGUUUCUCCUAGUUCAUUUCUACGGAAAGAAAACUUAGUUGUUCAAUGGUUUUGAGGUACAACUUACACAUGGCUUUCUAGAGUGAAAAAAGUCUCUCCACACUUCAUCCACCUUCUCCACUAUAUAUACACAGUUUUGUCAUAGCCCUUGGAAUAUCCCUGUAUCCAGGUGUAAAGGAUGCACAGACAAGAAAUAGCCGAGCCAGUGCACUUCAGAGUGUAGAGCAAGGACUUGUUGGCUAGCUUACUCAGGCACUUGAAUAUACUUAAAUUUUUUCUGUGGUUAAAGCACCAGAACUGAGGAUAUUAGGGAACAUAAUUUCAGGUUAUUAUCUGGCAAAGAAUAUAACUCUUUGCCUUGCAGGAGUCUGAGGCUGUGUUUUCAUGUAUUCUUGUAUUUAAAGAAAAGAAUCAAGCCAAAUUAAUCUACAGCUCAACUCUGUCUGGAGUGUUGCCUCCAGCUUUCUGUCUCCAUCUGUUUUCCUGGGGUUGCCUUUUUCUGCUACUAAGAACAACUCCCUUCAAAUAUCGUUCACUAUCUCUGUUCUUUUUCAGUCAAGAAGAAUGUAUUUUCAUCAUCAGUGACACUGAAUUUGUUCAUCAAGCAAUCUUACUGUUAGUUAGAGAACAAAUAUUGGAGAGUGUAUCUGAACCUACCACUCCCAAAUUCUAGACUCUUAAACUUGCCAUUUCAGCUCUCUGCCACAUCUGUUCUCUAUUUGAUCUGUCUUUUACCCUAAGAUAACGUAAGCAUUGACCAUCCACCAUUUAUAUUACCUACAAGAAUGCUUUCUUUCAGAAAUUCAAGUAUUACAGUAUUGACUAAGUAGGUGAGUUCAGCUGUGCCUACCCUCUGAUCUAGAAAAAUAUCAUUAAGUAAAUCAUUAAAGAUAGGGUUGUGGAACAACACGAUUCUUACACUACCUUUCAAAGUUUAUAUGAGUAUUAUCCUUUUACCACACCCUGAAAAAUUCGACAUUAAGCUGGGGAUAGAAACACAAAGUGCAAGGUCAUGCAGGCCAUUUCUCACCAAGGAGAUAAAACUAAUCCAUGUAGUUGGAUAUCGGGUUUCCAUCUUUGUUUCUGUAGCCCUUUGUCCCGUUUACCAAUCCCUGUGGUCUUACUGCUCUUCAGUGGUGGUGUUCAAGUAUUUCUGAUUGAUAAUUCACUUAACUAUUACAGAGAGCCCUCUAGUUGGGCAGAAGAAACAUAAAAUGAAGUGAUUUUAAAGUCUGUGAUGAAUUAUUGUUCUGGUAAAGAUCUUACUUAGUCAGAUGUGAAGGAGAUAAUACGAUACAAACUAUUAUCACUGAACCAAAACAUAGUGUUUCCCCUUAGGUAGAGUUAAGUAAAUAUUCUGCAGGACAGAAAAUCUCUCUCUGAUUUCCCUACUUACUGCCUGAUGACAUUCUAAAUUAAUGCAAAAGCUAUAUUUAGGCUCUGUUAAAGAUCUAAAACUAUUGGAAAAAUCGAAUAGCUAGGAUCAAAGGUAAAGACUACUGUUUAAAAUUUAGACAAAACUAGCUAACACCCAUUUUUCAAACAUGAAAAAAGAGCAAUAGAAUUAAAUUUUAGGGAGUUGAGGAAAUUUUCAAAAAUUAAAUAUUCAAAUAAUAUGAAAUUAAAAUUUAUCUAAACAGGUUCUUUUGAGAAAAUUUCUGGAGAAAAUCAAACAAGGUAGGAAGCUAGAUAAUUUAGAGACACAGUCAAAAGUGAUUUUAUUACUAUAGUUGUAAAGUUAGUUAUUAUAACAGGACCAUUUAAUGACAUCUGGUCAAAGGUUAGCAUUAAUGUGAAGGCUCUCAUAGUCAAGCGAAGCUACUGGUGGAUUCAGGCCUGUGUGUCCGGUUGCUGCCAGACAUCAGAAUCUUAUAAGCAUCUUAAAAUGCAGUAUGUACAGGACAGACUUCAACCAGCCACAUACACACUCCAGUGACCACCAACGCCCAGCUUUGCUACCAGUGUUAGUGUCUCAGAAAAUAGUGCUUCCCAGGAAGCAUCCUUGAUGCCUCCCUUUCCCUUCUCUACCUGCCUACCUACACUCAAGUAGUUUACUGCUUGGGAAGCUUAAAGACAAGACAAAGUAAGUCAGUAAAAGAUACAAAUUAUACAAGGCCACGUAUUUACCAAUGAAUUCUACAGACCACCGUGGCUUAGGGUUUCAGGAAAGGGAACAAUCAAUCACUGCAGGUGUGGAUAGUUCUGAGUUAGCCAAUGAUAUAGCUGAUAAGAGCACCCUACACCUUACUCUGGUGACCUGUGGUUCACCAGUACAUUGUCCCUCAUCCUUUCUACUGGGAAAACACACAUACAAACGACCCUGUUGUUUGUUGAAGUCACUGUCUUUCAAGGAAGGUUACCAUUUACAGUUUUAAUCUCAUCAUCUCCUGGGCUUCCCCAACCCACUGCUCUAAAUGCCUCUUAAGGUUGGUGGAGCCUGUGUUAGCCUCUCUGAUGCUAGUGUUUUUUAGCACCCAAAUGCUGUAUUGCAUUGUUCCAGAUUAAAAUUCAGUGAGUCCUAAGAAUGUUUUAGUGUGACUUAGUUGUAAAGACACGACCUUCACUUGCCUUGAUGGUAUGAAAAAGAUAGCUCCCUACCUAUGGUUGUCUGUUCUGUUCUGUACUUGGGGAUUAGCUGAGCCAUACUGCCACAGUCAUUGCUUAGGAGUGGUUGCAUGGCCCUUGGAAAACCUUACAUUAAUGAGGCUGAUUAAAAUAUUGAGACACUAUUAAAUUAUUGAAACGUGGAGCAGCAGCAGAUCCAAGUUUCAGAAUCAUAAAGGAAGUUGGACAUUACUUUUGCUUAGUUUUCCUGCAGUCCCUGGGUGGUGCUUGACUACUAACCAAAAGGUUGGUGAUUGAAAUCCACCCAGAGGCUCUUCAGAAGAAAAGCCUGGUGAUAUUGCUUUCGAAAAAUCUAUCUUUGAAAACACUGUGGAGCCCUAUAGAGUGCAGUUCUACUCUGCACACAUGGGGUCACCAUGAGUCGAAUUGACUGUACAGCAACUGGCUUGGUUUUUGUUUGUUUAGCUUCCUGCAGAUGAAUAAUUAUUCGUUUUUUUUCUCUAUGUGAGCAUCACCGUGGAAGAAUAUACUUCCUCAGUUUUCUUCAGAGCUCUCUUAAUAGGCACAUGCCUUGAUUUCAUUUAUCUCCAAGCACAUCGUUAAUCCCAAGCUCUAAAGCAUGGUUCCAGAGCAUGAUAGGCAUGGGACAGCAUCCAGAAGAUUUUCUCAAAGACUUUUGGUGAUGAUUGUGCUGCUUGAAUGAGAGAGAACUAUUUAUCUCUUUACUUUUUUCUACAUUUAGGUAGACUUUGUAGGCUACAAAACAAGAUGCCAUGAUAUUUCUUAACAUAAUCUUUGCCACAGACUUUGGUCAGCCUUUUUUAUAUGUUGGUAAAAUGCAUUUAGAGUAUAUUAUUUGAUACGUUGAUAAAGCAAUAAUGUUCUACUUAUUUGCAGUCACCUACCUUGGAAAUAUCAGGAACAUAACCAAGAGCCAUGAACUAAGGAAUAAAGGCCCCUAAGCGGCCAAAGUUGUUAGAAAAUCCAUAUUCUUUAUUCAUUAAACUAUUCCUUAUGCUCUCAUUCAUUUAUUUUUACUAAAGUACCGUUCUAGCACUUGGGAUCUGAUUUCUCAGCUAAUGAGUAGAAGUACUCUACUAAAGGUGCAAAUGAGGCCGCUAAUAACAUCUGCUGACUAUUUGGAAGCCAUUAAGAAGACAAAAAGAUAUUAAUAAAAUACAGAAUAUCACUAGAUAUUUGGAUUUAGGCAGUCGGGUUAACUGAAUGGCCCCCAAAACCAUCAAUAUAUUUCAAUUCAGUAUAGUAAAAAUAAGAAGCAAACUUUAAAAAUAGUGCAUAUGAUAAUGAUCUUGAGUCAUUAAGAAAAAAAUACAUUAUGUUCAGUGGACAGUGUAAUUUUUAAAAAAAAUCCAUCUAAAAAUGUUAAAAAAAUUUUAAGUGGUACUUGAAGGGUCAACUUAUUAUCUAGAAAAUUCACUUUUUUAAAUUGUAACAAAGCAUUAAUGCACAUUCUUGAUGUCUUGAGUUAUUUUCCCUGAAGCUUGCUUGAUUUGAUUGGCUGACAAUAACAAUACUGAUAUUUGUGCAAACUUUGCAAGUUUUCCUUUGCAGCAAUCCUAAGUGGUAGAUGUGACAGAUACCCUACUAAGACACAAAAUAAUUGUUUUGGCCAAGAUCACACAACUACGAGAACUCAACAGAGGCAAUAGCAGUAGAUUCUAACAAUCAAUCAAAGUCCCCACUGGAGAAGUUUAUGGUCAAACUCUGCACUCAUCAUCAGAAGCAGUUCAUUCGUGUUCUGAACGACUUGUACACUGAAGCUCAGCCGGGCACAGAGGACCUGCUACGUUCUGAUUCUGCAACAAUGGAGGCAUCCACUUGCAGUGCUGGCUGUGCCCAGCUAAGCAGCAAACAUAAGGAAAAGGAUGCUAUGUGUCUCGAUAUGAAGUCUCCUACUUCUGCAGAUUUGUUCAUAGACCCAUCAGGCUCACACAGCUCUCUACACUUGACAGAACAGACCCUCAAGGAGCCUCCUCCCGAGACAAACUCGGUAGAUGGAAGAGAGAAUGCCUUGACUAUUGUCCAGAAAGAUUCUUCUGAACUUCCAACCACUAAACCUAAUACUGGUAGUUCAAUGGAUAGUUCCACUCUGGGUUACCUCACUGCAUCUAAUUCUUCCUCAUUAAACUUCCACCACAUCUCUAAAAACAUGGAAGGGCAAACCACUGGACAGGAGCAAGACAUAAGUGCAAAAGUAUGUGAGGAUGGUAAAGACCGUAUGCAGAGCUCAGCAUUAGCAGAAAGUCUAAUUGCAGUAAAAGUGGCAUCUGAGAACAGUGAGGAGGGCAACAGCUGUAUUGUUCCUCAAAGAAAUUCAGUCAAAGCUUUAUCAGAAGAGGCUUGGGACUCAAGGUUUGUGGGGGACUUGCCUAGCACUGCUGACAAAGAGAAUGCUUUACAAUGUAGCUCAAAAACGCCUUUGUGCCAGGAUUUAGAGGCAAAUGAACAAGAUGCAAGGCCAAAGCAAGAGAACCAUCUUCACUCACUAGGAAGAAAUAAGGUGGGUUACCAUUUAUAUCCCAGUGAUAAGGGCCAAUAUGAUCAUUCCAAAGAUGGUUGGUUAGCCCCCAGUGCCAUGCCAGCUGUACACAAAGCAUCUAAUGGACAUUCACGAACCAAGACAAUAUCAACCUCCAUCAAGACUGCUCGGAAAAGUAAAAGGGCAUCGGGGUUGAGGAUAAACGAUUAUGAUAAUCAGUGUGAUGUUGUCUAUAUCAGUCAACCGAUAACAGAAUGCCACUUUGAGAAUCAAAGAUCAAUAUUUUCGUCUCGGAAAACAGCCAGAAAGAGUACUCGAGGGUACUUUUUCAAUGGUGACUGUUGUGAGCUGCCAACUGUUCGCACACUGGCCAGAAAUUUACACUCCCAGGAAAAAGCAAGCUGCUCAACACUGGCAUCAGAGGCAGUAGUUACUCCCAAGCCGACCCUUACAAUUUCAGCCCCUAGACCUACCGUAGAUGUGCAUCUUCCUAGAGAAGACAGCCCUAAAGAACCUAGUAAGGAAAUGACCUCCCUCAAGGAAGGAGGCAGAAACACUUCAUCUGAAAAAGGAUCUCAAGAGCCUGAGGUUUGCUCCAUAAUGGAUAAACUGAAUCAGAGCAGUUCCCCCAGGUCAAAGGAAAUGAUAGUCUCCAGCCUCGUAUGGCCUUUCUCUGUUCACCUCCCUGAAGAGGGCACGCCAGAAGGCAGCUCCACCAUUUCAGCUCUCACAGCAAGUAGGGUAUCUUCCCAUGAGCAAGACCAACAACCAGUUGAACUGCUGGAUACAGAAGAGAUGAGUGCUCCCCAGGACUGUCACCUGGUUCCCUCUACUGAGAGCAUUUCUGAGGGAAGCCGUACAGAAGUUCGUUCUUCUCCUAAAACGGUCAAUAGAGAGGAAAGUCCUCUGUGCUCAGAAAAUCAAAGUCCCUCAGUAGACUUGGAGCCUCCUGUGAGUCUGGGAAAGGCUGAGGACAACGAAAGGAUCAGUUCUGAGUCUGAGACAAGAAUCUGUCCUAAGGCCCAGACAAGCGUCAGUCCUGCAGCCCAGACAAGCAUCAGUCCAGGGGUGGAGAAAAGUGUCAGUCCUGGUACUGAGACAAGCAUCAGUCCUAGUGCUGAGACAGUCGUCACUCCUGAGGCCCAGACAAACGUCAUUCCUGAGGCCCAGACAAUUGUCGGUCCUGGAAUUGAGGGAAGUGUCAGUCCUGGAGUCGAGACAAAUGUGAGUCCUAAGGCCGAGACAAACAUCAGUCCUGGGGCUGAGACAAGCUUCAGUCUUGGGGUCGAGACAAGCAUCAGUCCUGGCGCUGAGAGAAGCGUCACUCCUGAGCCCCAGACAAGCCUCGGUCCUGAGGCCCAGACAAGCAUCAUUCCUGGGGUCAAGAUAAGCAUCAGUCCUGGGGUUGAGACAAAUGUCAGUCCUAAGGCUGAGACAAGUGUCAGUCCUAGGGUUGAGACAAGCAUCAGUCCUAGAGUUGAGACAAGCGUCGACCCUGAGACCCAGACAAGCGUCAGUCCUGGGGUUGAGACAAAUGUCAGUCCUAAGGCCGAGACAAGCGUCAGUCCUGAGCCCAAGAUUGAAGAUGCUCAGGAGCUCAGUACUCACCUACUCUUGAGGGAAAACAGUGUUUUUACUAAUGAAAACCCUAGUGAAGUUGAAGAAAGUGAGGCAGCAGGUGAUACAGGAAAAUUAGAAGAAGGAAGUGAUGUCAGACAUCCUUCAGAAAAAGUUAUGUGUGAUCAAAACAUUGAAUCUCCUGAAGAGAAUUUAGACAAGAAGAAAAAAGGUAAAAAAUUCCCUGAGGCCUCUGAUAGGUGCCUAAGAAGUCAACUUUCAGAUUCUUCCUCUGCUGAUAGGUUCCUAAGAAAUCAAAUUUCAGAUUCUUCCUCUGUUUGUCCUGAGAUCAAGGUUUCUAAAAAUUAUACUGCAAAACGUUCCAAAAAAGAAGGAUACCCUAGUGGGACAGCACCUGACAACUUUCAGAUGGGCAGUUUCCAUACAAAAGCUCUGCAGGACACUGAAAACCCAAAUGUCAAUGAAAAUCCCUCUGAGAAAGAUGCUGAGCAGGAGGGUGACAGAGGUGGGAUCAUCACCAGGCAGACUUUUAAAAACAUGCUGGCAAAAGAAGCCAAGGAGAAGAAAAGAGAGAUUUUCCCCAGCAGUGAUCCCGUAACCACAGUUGGUCAGCCCCUGCCUGAAGAGAGACUAGAAAUCUGUGUUCAGUCUAAGUUAAGUGUGGAAAAUGCUCAUGCCCUCUCUGAAAGUAUUCCCUGUAAGAGGGAGCCAGAGCAAUCAAAAGAGAAGCCAGGACAUAUUCCUAUGCAGGAGGUAGAGGAGAUUGUAAGUGAGGUAGACAGGGAAAACACCCAGCAUAAAGAUAAUAAUGAUGAACCAUCUAGCUCAGUUGGGUUGUCAAGUAGUGGAAAUGGUGAUGCUACUGGGCCACCAAAAUUGAUACCAAGGCCCAAAAGAUUGACCUCUUCAACCUACAACCUAAGACAUGCCCAUUCUCUGGACUCCUCGGAUACUACAAAAGUGACUUCAGAAAGGGAAGCUGCACUAGUAAACUCAACGCCAAAGGAAAAUGAAGCUUCAGAGAGUGGAGAUCCCUUAGAAGAGGAUGAUGUGGACACAGUGGUAGAUGACCAGCCAAAGUUUGUGGAAUGGUGUGCUGAGGAGGAGAACCAAGAGCUUAUCGCCAGCUUCAAUGCCCAGUACAUGAAAGUUCAGAAGGGCUGGAUCCAGUUGGAGAAAGAAGUACAACCAACACCAAGAGCAAGGAACAAGUCAGAUAAACUGAAGGAGAUUUGGAAAAGCAAGAAAAGGUCACGGAAAUGUAGAGGUUCAUUGGAAGUUCAAAAGUUUUCCCCUGUUCAGAUGCUGUUUAUGACAAACUUUAAAUUAUCUAAUGUUUGUAAGUGGUUCUUAGAGACAACUGAAACCCGAUCUCUGGUAAUUGUGAAGAAGCUCAACACUCGUCUUCCAGGGGACACCCCCCCUGUUAAGCAUCCUCUUCAGAAAUACUCUCCUUCCAGCCUGUAUCCAAGCUCGCUACAGGCUGAGCGCUUGAAAAAACACUUAAAGAAAUUCCCUGGAGCUACUCCUGUUAGGAAUAAUUGGAAAACACAGAAGCUCUGGGCUAAAUUUCGAGAGAAUCCUGAUCAAGUGGAGACAGAGGAUGGCAGUGACGUCAGCCUCGGCCCUAAUGCUGAAGGCAGCAUAGAGGAAGUGAAGGAAGAGAGAAAUAGCCAUCCUCCCACAAACUUGCCUACUCCAGCCAGUACCCGAAUUCUUAGAAAAUAUUCCAAUAUUCGAGGAAAGCUCAGAGCCCAACAGCGUUUGAUCAAGAAUGAGAAAAUAGAAAGCUCGCUUGGUGUGGCUGUGGAAAGUAAACAGAGUCGUAAGAGUGUGUGCAUCAACCCUCUAAUGUCCCCCAAGCUUGCCCUGCAGGUGGAUGCAGAUGGCUUUCCUGUCAAGCCCAAGAAUACUGAGGGAGUGAAGGGAAGGAAAGGGAAGCAGAUGUCUGAAAGCUUGCCUAAAGCAGAAGUUCAGAAUAAAAGAAAGAGAACAGAAGGCAGCACUCAGGACAGGUCCCUUCCCUCCAGUAAGGACAAGGGACCAGCGGUGAAAGCCAGCAAAGAAAAGCAUUUUGAUGGAUCCACCAAAGCCUCUGCUGCCAAGAAGCCAGCCACAAAAGACAAAAUCAGCCAACUGCCCAAAAAGACCUCUUUGAAAGAAAAUAAAGUGAAGAUCCCUAAAAAGUCCCCUGGGAAGGGCUGCCCUCCCUCCAGGAAAGAAAAAGAGAAUACUAACAAAAGACCUACCCAGCCCCCCGUCUCAGAAACACUGACUAAACCUGCAAAGCAAAAAGGGGCAGGUGAAUCCUCUUCAAGGUCACAGACAUCCACGAACAGGAAGCAGAGCAGCGGGAAGACUCGGGCCAGACCCUUGACGAAAAGCCCAGAAAACAGUGCUGCCCAGAGAAAGCGCAAGCUGAAGGCAAAGCUGGACUCUAUCCACAGCAAACGGAGACGGCUGGAUGCAAAGUGAUUUGAAGGACGGCAGCCAAAAGUGAAACUAUUCCAUAGAAGUAACCCUUUAUUUUGCAUUAACUAAAUCUGCUUUUAUAAGCUUAUCAAGCCUUUCAAAUCCGCAGCUAAUGGAGAACACCACAGUUUGAGGUGUCAGAAAAUACGUCUCAGAUGGAGAAGGGAACUUGCAGAGUCUUUCUCUGAGGCUGAGUAAGGGAAGUUAUAUAUUAUAUUCUGGUUGUUCCUUGGGUUUUAAACUUGGAACCAAGCAGUUUUAGUUUUUAAAAGUACAGUGCCUUAUUUAUCCUUUUUGUUUUUUAAAUUUACAAAAGCUAAAAAGCUGAUCUAUGUGAUUAAAGGCUUGUAUUUUAUACUUGAUGCACAAGCACUUGUACUGUAGCCGAGAAGACCACCCUCAUACACAUGAAAGUAGCUUUUCAGCAGCCACCCUGCAGCAUCUAUACAUGAACAGAUGCUACUCUUUGCAAACCCCAGCAGUAAACUUCCCUCUCUACCUUAUUUGUUUGUCUGUUUAAAUGAUAUUUGAAAGCUAAACCAAAUCAUUUUUAUGGUAUAUGGAGAAUGCAGAGGGGAUUUAUAGUUAUUAUGAAAGAUUGAUAUUUCUCUUGCCCCCUUUUUAAAAAAUCAUAUUCAUUGUUGAUCAAGCCUCUCACCUUUGAUUCUUUGCCAUUUGAGAACAUGUAUUCUAAAUUAUGUGCCCGUGGGACAACAGAUGUGUCAUGGGUGUUAAUAUUUGGUUAUGAUCUCUAAGAAUUAUUUGCAUCCCCAAACCGUAUUCCUGAUUCUUACCACCCUUUUCAAAGUUUGACCUUACAAGCUUGCUAACACUCUAACAAAGUUUACAUCCAACUUUAGAAAAAAAUCUAUUUUUUUCUUUUUUUGUAGCUGUAAUCUGAUGAUUAGGACACAGAGUGACUGUUCUAAUUUUCCUUCAGGGUACUUCCAUAUUCGGAGACACCCAAAAUGUUAUUUCCAGUAAAUAGAAAAGUUUAACAGUUUAUGUGUGCAUGGGUAUUUGGGUGCAUUUGCAUGUGGUUAUCAGCCACAAAUGUCUCCCAGUCCCAAUUUUACAGUAAAAUUCUUUCUUCCCCAUGCAGUGUGCCAGGGUGUCCAUGAACUGGAUAAUAGCACAGACCAGGUGGUUUAGAUGUGGCCCAGUGAGCAUCCCCAUGCCUUUGGCACCAGACCCAGAAAAGUCUAAACAGAGAGUUAUAUAAAAGUCAAAGCAGUCUUGCAGUUGGAGGAAGCAGCUCCAGCAUCUUAAAUUGGGCCCCCACACACUCUAUACCUAGAGCUGGUGUUCAGCUGCAUGCUCCGCUGUGAGUAGACUUGUUUAGAGUGGCUGUCCAUUCUGAUUGGUUAGCACCUUACUGGUAAUAAAAUGCUUUUAAGUAUCAUGCCUGCCCACAUCGUGUCAGGCUCUGUUCCCUGUGAGAGCUGCAAUAUUUGUAAGUGAUGUUGCUUGCUUUUCCCAAAUGAACCGGAGGCAGGCAUAUUGGCUCUAACUCAGUGCCUGUAACAUUGCUCCAUUAUUGUCUUUAACAGUAUGUACCUGGCAUUCCCACUGGGCCACUCCACAAAAAAAGACUUGCUUGUUAAAGCUUCGACCAGCUUCUUUAACAUGCCCUGUCACCAAAACAGGCUUGUGUGGACAGCUGCUGCCCUCUCCUUUGCAUUAAAAGUUUUCCGUUUAGGUUGCUUCUGAUAUCUUUAGAUAAACCCAGAUGGACUUUUUUUUUUUUUUUUAA